GACACAAACAAACGUAAGCAAAGGAACGAGCGAGCUAAUCCGGGUCGGCAAUCAGGGUUAACGGACGGACCCCGCGAUCACAAGCCGCUGCUGAACAAACCAACGACUCCAAACAGUCAAUGGUGGCGGAUUUCAAUUAUAAAACCCCUUCGCCAUUGUCCCGACCAAGCAAGGUAUCUCUAUCCUCGCGCCCUCCGUCGUCCAUGGCUACCUUGCCAGGUCUGCGCUAACCACCAACGCCUCGAGAGCUCGUCGGGCACAUACAUAGCCAUGGCGAACACCACCACGCAGGGAUAGAUCGAGAGGCCCGCGCCACUUGCGCACGCAGACGCGCCAUCUGGCAGCUAGCAGAGCGGCGGUGGCGCGCCGUCGUCGAUCGUAUCAUAUAUAGAGCUCGGGAAAAGGAUGCCGGUUCCCGUGGUGCUCCUCGCCGUGCCGGCCGUGGCCGGCGGGUUCGUGCAUGCGUUCCACUUCGCGCUCUUGCUGUGGCCGUUCAACCUCGCGCUGCCGCUCGCGCGCCACCUGCCGCGGGCGUGCGCCGCGCUCCGGGAGGCCGCGUCCUUCUACGACGCCGAGGUGCGGCCCUACGCGAGCGGCGCGGCGCGGCUGCUGCCGGCGCCGCCGCGGAGCCAGCAGCACGCCUCGCUCAGCGGCGUGCGGCAGGCGACGCCGCACGAGGAUCUCGUCGCGAACGCCAUGAUCGCGCUCGUCGACAUCUCCUACUGACGCCAUGGGUGCUUGCUGCCACCGUACCGCGCACUGCCGGGCUACAUACAUACCCAUUGCGUCGCCGGGUUCAUUCCUUUUUGCAGCCGUCCUCUUGGGUCGGUUAGCUUUUCCGUUUUCUGUUAAUCGUGUAAAUAGUCUUUUUCUUCUUCCUACAUCCAUCAGCAGAGGUUUAGUCAUGUUAAUCACUUCUUCUUCCUACACUUACACCCAUGUCCUCUUUCUUCGUUAACACAGUUUCACAGCAUUCAGUUUGUUGUAUAGUGCGAGUUGGUUUGAACUAUUAAGAUCAGUCUAGUUUAGCGCUCCAUAGUAAAAAAGUUGGUCCUGUUAGUUUUGUUUUUUGAGCAAAUGUUGGUCCUGUUAGUUUGCUUCAGUUCCACAGGUCGUCAUGCGUGCCUACAAGCCCACAGACCCAAAUUCAGCCCACCCGGCAGCUUUUGGCCCAUUGCAGAUCACGUCAGAUUUGCAGUUCCACAGACCACAGUCCACAGUUCGGUACUAGCUCUCUCCACAAAGGGCAAAAAAAAAAAAAGAGCCCCGCCCUUCUCCUCCCCGCUCGCAGCAGCCGCCAACUCGAUUUCUUACCCUCGCGGCCGCGCCCUCUCCAGCUGUUUCGGGUUCGAAUCGAAACCGAGAGCGAGCAUGAAGCGCGGAAUAGAGAGAGAUCUAGCGACAGAGAGCGGUGGGUGUUCAGGGGGCCACAGGUCCUGCAGUACUGCAGAGGAGACUCAUCCGGUGGGACAGGUAGAUUAGAGGAGAUACAAGUACUGAAGGACACGAACUCUCUUGUUCGUUGUAGGGAGAACAGAGAUCGGCCGCCCGCUCGCCGCGCCGCCGCCAUUGUGCUCUCGGUUCAGGUGUCAUGGGGAUGCUGUCGCUAAAUCGCCUCAUGAUCAGGGAGGAGCGGAGGCGGCGCCGGCGAAUCCAAACCCGCAGUGGAUCGAUUACUGAUGGUUGUUCUCAGCCUGGUGAAAGGGCGACAUAUUCAGAGCCAAAUCUUCCUGAGGACAUCUGGUCCCUUAUCCAUUCCUUAAUGUCAUUGCGUGAUUCUGCCCGUUCAGCCUGUGUAUCUAGCACAUUUCUACGUUCUUGGAGAUGCCACCCCAUGCUCAUUUUUAAUGAGGAAACGCUAGGUUUGAAACAAAAGGAAGGCCAAAAGAGUGAUAUAGCAAAGGCUUUCACUAGAAGAGUUGACCAGAUUCUAAGAAAUCACUCAGGUGCCGGUGUGAAAAUACUCAAACUUUUAAUACGUGAUUAUUACAAGAUCAAUACUUGCCAUCUCAAUAGGUGGCUCGAAAACGCCAUCACACCUGGUAUUGAAGAAGUUGCCCUUAUGCUAUCUGCAAAACAUAGAGCGAAGUACGAGUUCCCGUGCUCCAUUUUACUUGAUGGGCGUGGAAACUCUAUUCGUUAUCUUCGCCUCUCCUGUUGUACUGUGCGGCCGCCAUUUGGAUUUGAUUGCUUGAGAAGCCUGACAAAGCUGCAUCUAUCUCAAGUGUGUAUCACUGGGGAUGAGUUAGGGUGUCUUGUUUCUAAUUCUUUUGCUUUGGAUGAGUUGGAACUAAAGUAUUGCAACGAGCUAAUCUGCCUGAAGAUACCAUUCUGUCUUGAACAGUUCAGCUGUCUGAGAGUAUUUGAAUGCAGCAUGCUGCAGGUGAUGGAGAGCACAGCUCCAAACCUCUCCACCGUUGACUUCAUGGGUGAACCAGUACAGCUCAUACUUGGAGAAUCAUCACGAGUAAAGAAUCUGAAGGUGGAGUAUUCAUAUGAGCCCAAUGCUGUGAAUUAUGCCAUUACCAAGCUUCCUUCCAUUGUGCCACACCUUGAAACCCUUACUGUAUACUCAACUUGUGAGAGGGUUAAUGCACCGAUGGUAGCUAACAAAUUCCUCCACCUGAAGGACUUGGAUAUUUAUAUUGGUGAUGAUGAUGACGAUGAGGAUGUUGCUAUUGUCUAUGAUUAUUUGUCCUUAAUUUCAUUUUUGGAUGCUUGUCCUGCCUUAGAGAGUUUCGCCAUGCGCGUGGAUCAGGAUGACAUGAAGCCUGAUUCCGUUUUUUGGGAUGCCUCACAUAUAAGGCAGAUUCCUAGACAGAGGCAUGACAAGCUCCAGAAGGUGCAGGUGAAUGGCUUCCGCUCAGCAAAAAGCUUGUUUGAGCUAACAUGCCAUAUCAUCGAGAAUGCAACAUCACUUGAAAUUCUUACGCUGGACUGCAUAUGCAUAUAUGGUGAGGAGAAUACUGUUAGAUGUUCUGCUAGCGAAUCUGGUAAAUGCAUGCCCAGAAGUAAGGUAUUGGAAGCACAUAAAGCACUUAGCAUCAUCAAAAAAUACAUCGUGGGAAGAAUCCCCUCCGCAGUUAAGUUAAAUGUUGGGGAGCCUUGUAGCAGAUGCCAUGCUAUAGAUGUCGAGCUAUUGUAAUUUAAGCUAAGCAAUGUUGCAUAUGUUGUGUCACAAUUGUUUCGUGCUUAUGUCAUCAAAUAUCAAUAACUUUACGAUGUUGCAGUUACGUUGUCACCAGGUUGUUCA